AAAGACGACAGUUAAUAAGUAUAUUGUGUUAGAGUGUUUCACUAGUCCACCUCAGUCACUCACUGGAGUCGCACACAUUCAGUUAAAUAGAUAUAAGACAGCAGUAGGUACCUGCUGUAAGAUGUACCUAGGGUGGUACUACGAUCUAUGCAAUUUUAAAUACACAAACUAACCAAUGGUUAAAAAUUCAAGUCAAUUUCGUAGAAUUGUGUGUACCUGUAUUAUAAUAUCAUAACAUCAUAAAUAUCGCAAAUACUCAAUUUUUGGAAAAGGUGACGAAAAGAUAUAUUACAUCAACAUUGAUAAUAAUUAUGAAUAUUCACGGCAGCAAUAGCAAUAGAAUUUUCAACCAGAAGUUGGCCAAAAUUUUCGGGUUCUAUCAAAUUUUGGACACCGAAACAGUAACAUUUCUAGGCCGUCACAAUGUUUACUACAGAAUUUUUGUAUUUCUCAUUGUUUGCGAAUGUCUCUUUUCGGCUAUAGCGUGCUUAAACGGUUUGAAUUAUAUCGUAAACAACCAUAACAUUAUCCAGGCCAUGGUCUAUUUUGGCUUCGUCGUAAACGCGCUGUACGGGAACUACAAGAUGUACAUCAUACUCAACAACUCAAAAGUUGUAUGGGAUUGCUUUUCAAUCACGAAUUUCGACUUCACGUCGUACGGUAUCCAGGGCAGACAUACACUGACCGCAUGGCGAAAUCUUUCCAUUAAAUACACGAACAAAUACUCGAUAUUUUUUUUAACAAUAUUAAUAAUGUAUGUGGCGUCCCCGGUGGUAUUCAGUGACUCGUUUAUAAUAAUAAAAAAUCACGAUGGAUCGUCCAGCGCCUAUCGCCUGAACCUUCUCAAUUUAUAUUUAUUCGUCUCGGAAGAAACUUACAACACAUAUUUUUAUGUAUUUCACAUCUUCGAAUCGCUUGGCAUGGUCAUUACUACGUUAUUUAUCAUUAUUUUUGAUACUAUUGUGAACACGUUGGCCUUAGCAUUAACCGGUCAGUUGCAAAUGAUUUCCACUGCGUUCGAAUCGGUCGGACAUAAAUCUCUUCACUUCCCAAAUAUGGAUAAUAUUGAUAACAAGAAUAAGUUACCAAAUGAAAAUAUAAAAUAUAUGGAUCAGUUCAAUGACUUAAAAACAUUUAUAAUAGACCAUCAAAACAUUCUGAAAAAAUAUGAUGAAUUUUUAUCAAUAUUUCAACCAACGAUGUUACUGCAAAUAUUUGUUGUGUCGUGUUCAAUCAUUUUUCUUUGGUUCAUUUUGCUAACGAGUUUUAUGGAAGACGAUUUUACGGAAUAUAUGGCAUUUACAUCCGUGAAAGCUUUUUUUGGAAUUCCUUUUUGUACUUCUCAAGUGUACAUGUCAUGUUUUAUAUUUACUACAUUAAACACUAAAAAAGAUUCUAUAACAUUUGCGUUGUAUAGCUCAAAUUGGACAGAAAUGGAUAUGAAAUGUAAAAAAUUGAUUUUGUCAACAAUGAGAUUGAAUGAUGCACACCAGCAAAAAUUACAAUAUACAAGGACGAGAAUUAUUAACAUGGAAAUAUUUUAUCAAACUAUGCGUGUUUGUUACACAAUUGUAAAUGUGAUGAUAAAUUGCAAAAAAGAAAAAUUGGUUCAACAAUAAUAUUAAUAUUCG